AUGGCUAUUCUCGAAGGGUGCCCAGGCCUUGAGGUUUGUAUUGUUGUGAAAGGCGAAUCACUGCGAGAGUAUCCUGAGGAUGAGACAUCCUCGCCAACGGUCAAGACGACAUACAUCGAAGCGCAGACAGGGGCAGAGUUCUCCAUGUGCUCCAAGUUUACCACGCCGUUUCCCUCAAGUUAUGGAGUAGAGAUUAGUACUACUGUGGACGGGUAUACAUCGGCGAGGACAUACGGCGCACAUGAGUUGUUCAGGCGCGAGGGUUUUACGAAGUUUAGUGUCGGGUUCCACGAGGACGGCAUGUGGUUUCGAAGGAAUCACUGCUUUACCCGUCUGAAUAUUGAGGAGGAAGUAGAAGGGCCCAUCAGCCUUCCAAAGCUCCGAGAGCAAUUGCAAAAGAAAGGUUGCAUUACCUUGAAUUUUCGGUGGAUCAGAAAUAUAUGCGCAAUUGAAUUGCCAUUUCAAGAUCGGCGGGGAUGCCAACUUGCCCUGUCAAACAUCGGCGCUGUCCCUGAGAAAGUUUUGAAAGGAGAAGCACUCUCUCAUCAGGCUACGCUGAGCCCACGGUAUCGAACAAGGCCACCAAAGAACCCACAAAAGUAUGAAGUGUUGAACAAUGAGCCUUUCGCAACGUUUCACUUCAAGUAUCGCUCCCUAUACGAAACGCCAGCCAGUGUAGAUUCCAAAGACAGAGACGAGGACAAUAUGACCUUUGAAGUGCUAAGUAGAGCUCUACGUAGCAUGCGAGAGGAAGAAGCAGAAAAUGUGGCAUUGAAGAACGAGAACCAAACUAUACGACAUAUCAAGCGCGAGCGACUGAUCGAAGACGAAGAUGAUGAAGUCCUGGUCACGGGGACGAGAAGUCUCAAACGUCCACGCGAAGAAUCGGAAGUUAUCGUGCUCGAUUGA